AUUGCCAAUCGCUCCUUGCACUCUUCAUCAUCAGGCAAGCAAGUCAUCCUCAGUUCUCCGUCAAUUCACAAUUAACUUCCUCACUCUCAAAAUCAAUUUGUGCAUUAUUCCCAUUUAACCAUCGUCGUUAAAGGUCAACGUCUGACAUCCCACCAAAUCAGAACGACGCCAAGCAUGCUCUUCAAAUAAGCACAUUCAAAAUUGUUUCAAGAACACACAAGUCACAUCUUCUAUCGCUAUAUCACAUAUUAUGCCAUUUUCAUAAUUAUUAAUUAUUCAGGAGACGCUAUUCUAAUUUCAACUCAGCUCACGAAUUAUAUUGUUAUUUUUUGCUGUGAUAAAUCCGUUAGUCGGGGUCAGUCGAGUACUUGAAGAUAUUGAUAUUGUGUGUGAUUUCGGUCGAACAAAUCGUGUCGUUUGUCGAGAACAAAGAAACUUGAAGGUCACAACGAUUGUGAACAGGAAAAUCGACAAGCAAAGGACGAAUUUUAACACUUGUUUGAAAUAAUGGCUGCCAGAGGAAGUGGCGUUGAUUCGCAAUUAUACGAGACAUUGGGAGUGUCUAGGACAGCUUCAGAUUCAGAAAUUAAAAGGGCGUAUCAUCGGCUUGCCAAGGAGUUUCAUCCUGACAAGAACCCCAGAGCAGGAGAUAAGUUCAAAGAGAUAUCCUACGCGUAUGAUGUAUUGUCUGAUCCAAAAAAGAAAGAGGUCUAUGAUCGAUAUGGAUUAAGGGGGUUGCAAGAAGGUGGAGGCCAUGAUGGAGACCACUUUGGUGGUGGCGGAUUUCCCGGAGAUUUCUUUUCAGACUUAUUCGGCGGAGGCGGUGGGCCUAGCAUGUUUUUUGGAGGAGGUGCCCACGGUCAUCGUCAAAGGAAAUCCGAAGAUUCAAUGAAACCUCUCAAGGUGACAUUGGAAGACCUAUACCUUGGAAAAUCACACACCAUGAAACAUGAACGGAAAGCUGUGUGUAAAGAUUGCAGCGGACUUGGAACUUUAAAUGCGAAAAGUUCGAAACCUUGUGCGGAUUGUCGAGGUAGUGGCAUGAAAAUGCAAUAUAGACAACUUGGGCCGGGACUAGUUCAACAAAUUCAUUCUACAUGCAACAAGUGCGGCGGACAGGGUACAGUGAUUCCAGACAAAGAUCGUUGCAAAAAAUGCGUUGGUACGAAAAUCAUGCAAGAAGUAAAGGACAUUGAGGUUCAUGUCGACAAAGGCAUGUCUCACGGAACAAAGAUAGUUGUCCGGGGUGAAGGUGAUGAAGAACCUGGUGUCACACCUGGUGAUUUAAUAUAUGUCCUACAACAAGAAGCACAUGAUUUGUUUGAACGAAAUGGCGAUAAUUUGGUUAUGACACGGAAUAUAUCGCUGACAGAAUCGCUUUGCGGUUUCCAGUUUUCUAUUCGCCACCUAGAUGGACGUGACUUAGUCAUUUCGAGAACACCAGGACAUGUUGUAGCUACAGAAACUAUGCAAAUUGUUCUUGGCGAGGGAAUGCCUCAUUAUAAACGGCCAUUCGACAAAGGAAAUUUGUUGAUAAAGUUCAAGGUUGAUUUUCCAUCAUCCCACUUCACUGACGAAAAAUCGCUAAAAGUUUUGGAGACAAUCUUGCCUUCUCGCCCCCCGUUUAUUAGGCCAGAUGGGGACAAUGUUGAAGAUGUCGAUCUUUGCGAUUAUGAACCUGGGACUGGAGGAGCGCAAGAUAGUGAUGACGAUGAAGAUGACCCACGAGGGCAGCGCAUAGGUUGUGCUCAUCAAUAAUAUUAAUAUUUAAUAGCCUCAAUUCAUUUUUACCCGUACUUUCGUUUCAUACUUCUUUAACAAUAAUUGAUGCUGCUAUAUACUGAUAGUAUUUUAUGGAUUUUGUACACUAAAGUUCAUGGUGCACUUUGCACAAAUACGAAUCCAAAUUAUCCAUAUGUAAAAAGUAAGCCAUUUAUGCGACACUGUAAUUUGUACUAAUGUUUACGAAAAUAAAUGGAGAACCACUAAUGUGAGAACGACAUCCA